AUGUUUGAGAACCUCUGCACCCUCCCCCUCUCCGCUGAGGUCUUCACCCAGGUCCUCCAUCCUACCGAGCCGCUACUGACCGUUGGCUUGUCUACCGGCCAUGUUGAAACCUUCCGCCUCCCUUCCUCGGGCGACAACGAAUCUGAAGCAUCCGAUGACCCAGAUACGAGUAUAACAUCGACCGGUCGGGGGGCCAUCGAUAGCGUCUGGCGUACAAGGCGUCACAAGGGAAGCUGUAGAGCCCUGGCCUACAGCCACGAUGGUUCUGCCCUCUACUCCGCCGGUACCGAUGGCUUGAUCAAGCAUUUCUCCCCCACGACUGGCAAGGUCAUCUCCAAAGUCAUCAUUCCCUCCUCGAACAAGCAGAUCGACGCUCCGACUCUCAUGCACGUCCUGAGCCCUCAAAGCCUCCUUCUCGGCUGCGACUCCGGAGCAAUGCACAUCUUUGAUCUGCGAGACGGCGUCCCCUCGGCUAAGCCUGCGCAGACACACUUCCCUCACUCCGACUACGUCUCUGCCAUCGUCCCGCUGCCUCCAUCCGCCGAGAGCACCUCUGGCUUCUCCAAGCAAUGGGUGUCUAUCGGCGGCACGACGCUCGCUGUGACAGAUGUGCGCAGGGGUGUUCUUGUCCGCUCCGACGACCAAGAAGACGAGCUUCUAUCUGCUGCCUACGUCCCCGGUCUCGGCCCCAAGAAUAAUAGAAACAACGGUAUUGUCGCCGUCGGCUCCGGUUCCGGAGUAGUCACGGUCUGGGACAAGGGUGCAUGGGAUGAUCAACAAGAGCGCAUCAUUGUUGACGGCGGAAAGAGCGGCGGCGAGAGUCUGGACGCACUGGCAUUGGUUCCUGAAGAGCUCGGGCUGGGGAAGAAGCUCGUCGUCGGCCUCGGUGACGGAAGCCUCCGGGUGGUUGACUUGGUCACCAGGGAAGUCGACAAGUCCCUGAAUCUCCGACACGAUGACGUUGAAGGUCCGCCGUAUGCCAUGGACGACGCUAUUAAUCCCUUCGUCUUUGGCAUUACCACCCCCAAGGUCUUGUUCGGACUGGGCACUGCCAAUGAAUUACUCAGCGAACUCAAGUCCCGCAAACUUUCAAAACCUCUCAUCAUCUGCUCCCCGUCUCGGACUUCUCUGGCCAAAACGAUUCAGGAUAACUUGAGAGAAGGGGGAUUCUCAGACUCUGAUAUCCUCGACACUGCCAUUGUCCAUAACCCGAGCGAUAUCAUCGGUCCCGCGGUUGACCGAGCACAGGGCCGCGAUGUUCUCGUAUCAGUCGGAGGCGGCAGUGCCGUCGGUCUAGGGAAGGCAAUCGCUCUUCGCACCAACAUGCCCCAAGUGGCUAUUCCGACAACCUACUCAGGCUCCGAGAUGACACCCAUCAUUGGAGAGACAAAAGAUGGCAAGAAGACGUCAACAACGGACCACAAGAUCUUACCCAAGGUAGUCAUCUACGACGUCAGCCUGACCAUGGAUCUGCCGGUCAAAGUCAGCGGUCCGAGUGGUCUCAACGCCAUGGCACACUCCUGUAGGCCACUUACACCAAGUGUCAACCUCAAGUUGGAACUGACGUAUGAUCCAGUGGAAGCAUUGUACUCCCGCCAAGCUAGCCCGCUGACGGACCAUUUUGCUCUAGAGUCCAUCAGGGCACUGUCAAGCGCCCUACCCGUACUCGUGUCAGACCCUUUCUCGGUUGAGGCACGCACCUCGGCUCUGUACGGCGCAUUCUUGGCUGGCUUGUUGGCAGCAGCAACCGGUAUUGCCCUGCAGCAUAAGCUGGCUCACGCGGCCGGCGGCACUCUGAACCUCCCUCACGCCGAGACACACUCCAUCUUCCUGCCCCAUAGUAUGGCGUUCAACGCUCACGCCUUUCCCGAGGCCACUAUAACCAAGCUCUCCUCCGCACUUGCGCAGAGUACUGAGAACUCCACUGCGGGUAUAGUAGCCGGUCUGAAUCAGUUACUUCGAAUAUUGAAUAUACCCACGGGCCUCAAGGAGAUUGGUAUGCAGGAGAAAGAUAUUGAUCGUGUUGCUGACGUUGCAUCCGAUGAGCCAUACUGGAACCCCCGUCCUCUGGAGAAAGCUGCGAUACGUGAAAUCAUCCGUAGAGCGUGGGCAGGGGAGCAGGCAAAGACUGAUCUUUGA